CCAACCUAAAAGCCUCCAGCUCUCUCACUGAAGCUCAAGCUCACCAGAAACUCCGCCGUCCUCACCCUCACCUCACCCUCUCCAGCAUGAAGGUCUCUGCAGCCCUCCUGUGCCUGCUGCUGGCACUAGCUGCCCUCAGCCCCCAGGGCCUUGCUCAGCCAGAUGCAGUUAAUACCCCAGUCACCUGCUGCUAUUCAUUCUCAAAUGGGAAGAUUGUAUUUAAGAAGCUGGCGAGCUACAGAAGAAUCACCAGCAGCAAGUGUCCCAAAGAAGCUGUGAUCUUCAAGACCAAACUGGCCAGGGAGAUCUGUGCUGACCCCAAGAAGGACUGGGUCAAAGAAUACAUUGCCCGGCUGGACAAGAAAACCCAAACUCCAUAGCCUUUGAACACUUAACCCUGCAACCCAAGAAUCUACAGCUAAUUUAUUUUCCCCAGUUCUCCCUAAAUACCCUAUUUUAUUUUAUUAUAAUUUCACUUCUGUGUUAAUAUGAAACAUAAUUCCUUAAGUAAUGUUAAUCUUAUUUAAGUUAUUGGUGUUUUAAAUUUUUUCUUCUGUGAUACUAGUGUUUUUGUUUUUUUUUACAUGAAGACUUAGACAAAUUGCUUUUCUUCUGUGAAACCCAACUGAGAAGUUUUGCAGGCUCCUGCAAAAGAUCAUUAAUGCAGUGACUUCUCAUUUUUAAAUUCCAAGGCACUGCUUAAAAAUAUUAUUGUGGAAAUGAGCAUUAUAUAACUACUAAAUAAAAAAUAUAUAUUUUUGU